GCAGCUGUACCAGAUUCUCAUUUAUACACAGCUACACUAUGAAGCAAGAAUUCCUGAAGAAAUCUACUCUACAUGUUAAGCUAUGGAAGGAUUCUGUCCACAUUUGGAAAUGGGUAUGUCCUUUAUAUGUCUUCUAGACGAAAAAAGAAGCUGAAACCUGCGGAAAUAAUGACUAUCAAUUUAGCAAUCUGUGAUCUGGGGAUUUCAGUUGUAGGCAAACCGUUCACCAUCAUCUCUUGCUUCUGUCACCGCUGGGUGUUUGGCUGGAUUGGCUGCCGCUGGUACGGAUGGGCUGGAUUUUUCUUUGGCUGUGGAAGUCUUAUCACUAUGACUGCUGUCAGCCUGGACCGAUACUUGAAAAUCUGCUAUUUAUCGUAUGGGGUUUGGCUGAAAAGAAAGCACGCCUACAUCUGCCUGGCCGUCAUCUGGGCCUAUGCUUCCUUCUGGACCACCAUGCCCUUGGUAGGUCUGGGGGACUACGCACCUGAGCCCUUCGGAACCUCGUGCACUCUGGACUGGUGGCUGGCCCAGGCCUCAGUAGGGGGCCAGAUUUUCAUCCUGAACAUCCUCUUCUUCUGCCUCUUGCUCCCAACGGCUGUGAUCGUGUUCUCCUAUGUGAAGAUCAUUGCUAAGGUUAAGUCCUCCUCCAAAGAAGUAGCUCAUUUUGACAGUCGGAUCCAUAGCAGCCAUGUGCUGGAAAUGAAACUGACCAAGGUAGCGAUGUUGAUUUGUGCUGGCUUCCUGAUCGCCUGGAUUCCUUACGCAGUGGUCUCCGUGUGGUCGGCAUUUGGAAGGCCAGACGCCAUCCCCAUACAACUCUCUGUGGUGCCCACCCUCCUGGCAAAAUCAGCAGCAGUGUACAACCCCAUCAUUUACCAGGUCAUCGAUUACAAAUUUGCCUGUUGCCAAACGGGUGGUUUGAAAGCCACCAAGAAGAAAUCUUUGGAAGACUUCAGGCUGCACACCGUGACCACCGUCAGGAAGUCUUCUGCUGUGCUGGAAAUCCAUCAAGAGGUAUGAAGUUGGACACGGCAUUACUCAUGGACACAAUGAUUCACUUAUUUGCUUCUUC